AUGCGUCUAACCCAAUCUCUAUCCAUCCUCCUCCCCCUCGCCACCCAGGCCCUCGCCUCCUGCGAGCCCGAAAUUCCCUUCCACCCGCCCAAAUACACCCCUGAUUCGCUGUCCACCGUGUUCAACCAGGUCGACGCCUCUAUCCAGACCCUUGUCGCCGCCGGGGUGUUUAACAACACCUCCUUCUCCGUGCAGGUCGCUUCCCGAGAUGGUCCUCUCCAUGCUAUCUACCACGCCGGUCAGGAUACGGCCAACCCUGUGAACGGAUCCUCGGCGUACCGUGUCGCAAGCAAUACCAAGCUGUUCACUGCACUCGGAAUCCUCAAGGAGGAGGCAGCUGGACGGUUGAGUCUGGAUGAUCGCAUCACGAAGUUUGUACCGGCCCUAAGGGGCGUCGGUAAUAAGAUCCAGUGGGAGAAUAUCACCCUCCGGACGUUGUUGGCUCAUUUGAGUGGGAUUCCGGAUAAUUAUGCCGAGGAUGAUUUGGUCCUCUCGCUGUCGGAUCCCACUGUGGUGGGUCUGCCUCCGGUGACUGCGGAAGAGAAGGCUGCGUUGCCCACUUGUGAGGGGUUCUCGGAUUAUGAGACCGCUUGCUCGUUCGCAGACCUGCUAGACUGGGUGGAAGAUGCAACCCCCGUUUUCCCUCCAAAACGAGAAGCCUCGUACAGUAACGUCGGGUUUGAUCUGCUCGGUCUGGUUCUGGCGAACGUUAGUAAUACCACGUACGAACAGUACGUCCAGAGGGCGAUUCUGCAGCCCCUGAAUCUGACGGGCUCGGCAUUCACCCCGCCAGCCACUGGCAUUGCUAUCGAGGAUAGCUACUGGGGGGUGGAUCUGGGAGCUGGAAACCCAUCCGGUGGCUUGUACAGCAGCGCCAAUGACAUGAUCACCUUCCUUCGGUACGCUCUCGUCCACGCCAACAGCAUCACUCCGGCUCUGAACUGGUUCCUGCCCGCGGCCUAUUCGUCCGGCUCGCACUCCUACCUCGGUUAUCCCUGGGAGAUCUUCCGGAGCCCGGCCAUCCUCCCCAAUAGCACCCGGACCGUCACUAUGAACACCAAAGGUGGUGGUUUGACGGGCUACUACAGCUAUAGCUUCAUUCUUCCGGUGUAUGAUCUCGUCCUGUUCAUGGGCGUGGCGGGCGACCUGACCGGACUGAACGAUUUGCUCGACGAGGUGGUGGAUCCGAUUGUCGUCGGCGCGGAAACAAUCGCCCAGAAGCAGCUCAACGCGACGUAUGCUGGCACGUACGUCGCCACCGACAUCGGGUUGAACUCAUCCCUCACUCUGAGCCACUCCUUGCAGCAAUCGCUGUAUAUUUCCGAGUGGGUGUCCAACGGCACCGACGUGCUGGCUGCCCUUGUGCCCCUGGUCGCCAACCAGGCCGGUACGGGCGACAACAUUUAUUUCCAGAUUAUACCCACGUUUGAGACACGCGUCGCGGCGGAUGGUAAUGUGGGAGAGGUGUGGCGGUUGAUCAACGUGAUGAAUGGCAAUGGUGGCGAUACCGAGACUCGGGGAAACGCGACCUCCAUCUGGGCGGACUACUGCGUGUCCAAUAUCGACCCGCUCGCUUAUGCGGGAGUGGCUUUGAAUGAGGUCGUCUUCUGGCGGGCGGGCAAUGCCAGCGCGCCGGUGAUCGAGGCCGAGCUGUCGGCUUUCCGGGUGCUGUUGGCAAAGGAGUAGGCUGCAGCUUUCAUUCCGACCAAUGUAUGCUAUUUGU